AUGAAAAGACAUAAAGAUAUAAAUAGAGUAAAGGAAGGUUCUGCUGGUUCUGCUUUACUGAGGUUGAUUAGAAAACCACCUCGUAGUGGUAGUCCCAUUUCAAAAAGGAGUCAAACUAUACCAACUUCAUUGAUUGGUUCACCAAAUGAAUUCAUUUUGAUUCCUAUUCCACUGACUAAAGCUCACUUUAUUGACGCGUAUUCCAAGGGAAAAUGGAACUUAUCAAAAGUACCCUGUCCACCAUGUUUACAAAGCAGUGGAUACAUGAAGCCACCUGAAUGUUAUAGUGAACCAUCUCGAUUAAACGCUGUUUCCCGCUAUAAAGACCUACCACACUGGUCCGAACCUACUCUUUUCAGGAAAACCGUGUCUAAACUAAAGAAGGUGUUUCUGGUUUCAGGGGUGUCCAUUUCGUUAGUGGAUAAUUUCAAAUGUUAUUUCAAAGUCGAGACUAUGUUGGAUAUGAAUGAUGUGCCUCGUUGUGUUGCCAUUGAUUCUCAUGCGUUACUUUCUCAAGGGUAUUUCUUGUUAUUGGAUGCUUCUUCUGAUUGGAGAACUGCCAUGAAUCCACUAGUUACCGGUCUGCCAUUUAUAAAGUUUUAUUGUGGAGUACCAUUAUUAACCCGAAACAAUGAAGCUAUUGGUAUAUUGUCAAUAUUUGAUAGUUUUUCCAAGGAUGAAUUUACCGAAGAGAGUUGCAAAAAGUUGCAACUUGUGAGUAGGGACAUUAUGAUGACGUUGGACAGUUCAAUUGAAGAUGUGAGAUCAAAAAUCCAGCAAAGAAACUCCCCUACAUUCCCCAUAAAUAACUUGACUAAUGAAUUAACAGAUCUACGCAAACAACUAGGUAGACCCACGAGUUCUCGAUCACUACUAGUGUUUGAAAAAGACGGAUCUGGUGGUCCAUACACACAAAACCAUAAUUUUCGAUUCUUCAAAUAUGGCAAUGGAACCCAUGUCAACGAACCCAAACUGCCUGUGGACGAGAAACAUCUUUGGAAUUUGUUGUUUUCAGUCGGAUCUCUCAAGAGUGCGGCCACGAUCCUCGCCAAGGUGUUGGCUACCAAUUAUACUUUUGACUUUGUGUAUAUCUUAGAAAUCCGAAUUGCCGAACCAUAUCAAAUCCCAAGAGAGUACUUCCCACCUAAUGAAACCAAAGUGGAAGCCGAGAGUUUCCGUCAUGCCAGCCGCAUGAUCAAAUUGAAAGGAACUCAUGACGAGUUUAUGACGAGAGUGAUUGGUGUCCAUGGCAAAUCCCAUGAUCUUCAAUAUUUUGAAAAUUCGAUCCAUUACAAAGCCUUCAUGUCUGAAUUUGGUGUAGAAUAUAAGAAUCCCAAAAAGAACUCCACUUUGAACCACGGAAUAUUGAUGCCAUUCUACAGACACAAUUCGAAAAUCGUUCGGAAGUCUAGCGAGGACAGGAAAAUGGUCGAUGUUUAUUUGAGAAGUGGCGGGUAUAUUAUUGCCUUGUUUUCAGAAAACUACAAUAAGGAAAUUAAUCCUGAUGUGGUGUCAAAUAUAUUUAAUCAUGCAAGUAUGUAUAGGAAGAUUUAUAUUACUGCUUAGUUCACAUUCCAAAUUCUCUCAUCAACUCUAGAUCGUUUUCAUCGUCUUCAAACGGUGGUUCUGGGUGUUCGCUUUCUUGUGGAGCUUGGGUCAAUUGAGCAGCAACAAGUUCGAGAUCUUCAUCGUCACUGAAUGGGUCGUCUAAUUCAUCUGUUUCUUUAGAUGUGUCUUUAGAAUUAUUAGCUUGCUCCACGAUCUUAUCUCUGGUCUCCACUGGGUGUUCAGGAACCUGAUACAAGUCGUCAUCGUCGUCGUCAUCAUCAUCACCCACAAAUAACCUGUUUCGAGGAGCAGCCACAUUCAUGAAAUCCCAAUCAUCAUCUUCAUCACCCACAUUGGCUUGCACGCUAGUUUCUCCAGUAGCACUAGCAUCAACGGGCUGGUUCACUUCAGACAAAGAAGCAUCCACGUCUAUAUCCUCAGGAACAUUAUCGAUAAUGCCCUUUUCGACCCUCAACUUAUUCAAUUCCGCCUCCAUCAACUGUCGUCUAUAAAGCUUUAACUGAGGACUCUUGCCUCCUAAACCUCGAAUAAGCUGAAUACAAUCUCUAAAGUUAGCCUUGGGGAAUAGACCGUGACACCAUAGUUGGUAAAACUGCAACACUGAAACAAGAUUGUUAUAUUCGUGAUCCAAUUUCUGACUUUUACUCGCUAAUGGGUAUUUCUUCAUGAAAUGACGGUCAUUGCGCAGGAUUGUUCUGCUUAGUUGGGAAUGGUUCUUUACAAUAUAGGGUAUUCCAUGACUGCUGAAGAUCCUUUGAUUGUCUAUCCGGGCUAUCUUUGCCCGUUUCUUGAGUUUAAGUGGUUGAUCGAGACCAAGUACGUCUUCUGCAUCGUUUGCUGCCGCAACAGCAUUCCUAUCUUGUUCCAUGGUUGUUGUGUUACUCC